AUGGCGGAACAAGAACUGAAUGUAGACAGUAUCAUAUCCAGGCUACUUGAAGUUCGAGGAUGCCACCCGGGAAAGAUUGUGCAGAUGACAGAAUCAGAGGUCAGAGGACUUUGUCUCAAGUCAAGAGAAAUCUUCUUAAGUCAGCCAAUUCUUCUGGAGUUGGAAGCUCCACUUAAAAUAUGCGGUGAUAUCCACGGACAGUACACAGACUUGCUACGACUGUUUGAGUAUGGUGGAUUCCCUCCGGAGUCCAAUUACUUGUUCCUUGGUGACUAUGUGGAUAGGGGCAAACAGUCCUUGGAGACUAUCUGUCUUUUGUUGGCAUACAAAAUCAAAUAUCCAGAAAAUUUCUUUCUUCUGCGGGGUAACCAUGAGUGUGCAAGCAUCAACAGAAUUUAUGGUUUCUAUGAUGAAUGCAAGCGAAGAUAUAAUGUGAGGUUGUGGAAAACCUUCACAGACUGUUUCAACUGUUUACCAGUCGCAGCUAUCAUUGAUGAGAAGAUCUUUUGUUGUCAUGGAGGUUUGUCUCCAGAUUUGCAAUCAAUGGAACAGAUUCGACGUAUCAUGAGACCAACAGAUGUACCAGAUACAGGUCUGCUGUGUGACUUGCUGUGGUCAGAUCCUGACAAGGAUGUUCAAGGUUGGGGUGAGAAUGACAGAGGAGUCUCCUUCACAUUUGGGGCUGAUGUAGUCAGCAAGUUCUUAAACAGACACGACCUGGACUUAAUUUGCAGAGCUCAUCAGGUUGUUGAGGAUGGCUAUGAGUUUUUUGCCAAACGUCAGCUAGUGACUCUGUUUUCUGCACCCAACUACUGUGGGGAGUUUGACAAUGCUGGAGGGAUGAUGUCUGUAGAUGAGAACCUUAUGUGUUCAUUUCAGAUUCUGAAACCAUCAGAAAAGAAAGCAAAAUACCAGUAUGCGGGUCUGAACUCUGGUCGACCGGCAGUGGGAAACAAGGGAUCACAGCAGCCAAACAAGCCCAAGAACAUUAAGAACUAG